AUGAUGUCAACCCCGCCAUUUGGAAACCUUUCCGCCUCAGGCCUCAAGAUACACGUCGGGGUCGUCACUAUGAAUAUAUCCGAACCAAAGCGGAAUGGCGUAAAACAUGUUAAAUAUCCCGACCUUCUAGCGCUCUUUGACUUGCUUGCCCACACCACUAUUAACAACCCGGAUUUGGACAAGUACCUUUUUCCGACCCUGCUAUCUCACGCCUGUAAGACGUUAAAUACAGCUUGUGGAACUUCCCUGGCAAAUGAACCCCAACUAAAUUCAAAUCUCGCCGCUGAAAUAAAUCUAUUUGCGAACAUUACUUCAAUCAUGUCUGAUACUUCGAUUCUUCGACCUAGCGGCUUAGCCCAUGUCGUCUUCAGAACGGCCAACAUCAGCGCCAUGGUAGAAUUCUGGUCCACAUUCCUGGGCGCGGAACGGGUAUUCGAAAACGAGUUCAUUGCAUUCCUCCGCUAUGACGAAGAACAUCACCGUGUCGCUAUCAUUAACGAUCAAAGCACCGUUCCUCGUCCGGCAACCGCGGCAGGUCUUCACCAUGUCGCUUUUACCUACGAUACACUUCAGGGACUUCUUAAAGCUUGGAAUUUGAGAGUGCAACUUGGGAUCAAGCCCACCUGGUGUGUCAACCACGGACCUACGACUAGUAUUUACUACAAAGAUCCGGAUGGAAACUCUAUUGAGACCCAGGUCGAUAACUUCGACACCGUCGAGGAGGCAAAUGAGUUCAUGACCUCCAGAUAUUUCCAAGAAAAUCCUAUCGGAGUAGAUAUACACCCAGAUGAGCUGCUUCGCCGGUUGGAAGCGGGUGAGGAUGAGAAAGUCAUUAAGAAGCGAGUCGAGAUAGGAAAGCGUCAUGAUAUUCCAGCAGCAGUGUAG